CGGCUCCAGUCACAGUUGCCUCUCGUUUGAGACGCUUUAACGUCUGACUGCGGGAGCAAAACUUUCAUCCUCUUCCCUUUUUUCCCCUUAAAAAAUCAGCACUUAAAUUAAAGUACAGCAAACAUGCGUGAGUGUAUCUCGGUUCACGUGGGCCAGGCCGGUGUUCAGAUUGGGAAUGCAUGCUGGGAGCUUUACUGCCUGGAGCACGGCAUCCAGCCGGACGGUCAGACCCCAAGUGACAAGACAGCCGGCGGAGGAGACGACUCCUUCAACACCUUCUUCAGUGAAACUGGAGCUGGAAAACACGUGCCGAGAGCCGUCUUUGUGGACCUGGAGCCCACCGUCAUCGAUGAGGUGCGGUCGGGGACCUACCGUCAGCUGUUCCACCCCGAGCAGCUGAUCACUGGCAAGGAGGAUGCUGCCAACAACUACGCCCGCGGACACUACACCAUCGGGAAAGAAAUCAUAGACCUGGUUCUGGACCGGAUCCGGAAACUGGCGGACCAGUGCACCGGCCUGCAGGGCUUCCUGGUGUUCCACAGCUUCGGCGGGGGCACCGGCUCUGGUUUCACCUCCCUGCUGAUGGAGCGUCUGUCCGUGGACUACGGCAAGAAGUCCAAGCUGGAGUUCUCCAUCUACCCGGCCCCCCAGGUGUCCACGGCGGUGGUGGAGCCGUACAACGCCAUCCUGACCACCCACACCACCCUGGAGCACUCCGACUGCGCCUUCAUGGUGGACAACGAGGCCAUCUACGACAUCUGCCGCAGGAACCUGGACAUCGAGCGUCCCACCUACACCAACCUGAACCGGCUCAUCAGUCAGAUCGUGUCCUCCAUCACCGCCUCCCUCCGCUUCGACGGCGCCCUCAACGUGGAUCUGACGGAGUUCCAGACCAACCUGGUGCCCUACCCCCGGAUCCACUUCCCUCUGGCCACCUACGCCCCCGUCAUCUCGGCGGAGAAGGCCUACCACGAGCAGCUGACCGUAGCUGAGAUCACCAACGCCUGCUUCGAGCCGGCCAACCAGAUGGUGAAGUGCGACCCUCGCCACGGCAAGUACAUGGCCUGCUGCCUGCUGUACCGCGGAGACGUGGUGCCCAAAGACGUCAACGCCGCCAUCGCAACCAUCAAAACCAAGCGCAGCAUCCAGUUCGUGGACUGGUGCCCCACCGGCUUCAAGGUGGGCAUCAACUACCAGCCCCCCACCGUGGUUCCCGGGGGAGACCUGGCCAAGGUGCAGAGAGCCGUGUGCAUGCUGAGCAACACCACCGCCAUCGCCGAGGCCUGGGCCCGCCUGGACCACAAGUUUGACCUGAUGUACGCCAAGCGGGCCUUCGUCCACUGGUACGUGGGGGAGGGGAUGGAGGAGGGGGAGUUCUCCGAGGCCCGGGAGGACAUGGCGGCUCUGGAGAAGGAUUACGAGGAGGUGGGCGUCGACUCCGUGGAGGGAGACGGAGACGAGGAGGGGGAGUACUGAGACGUGAUCUCCAGCCAGCAGCAUCCGUCCUCCGCCGUGUUACUGUAUCAAUGUUCGGUUAAACUGCCACUUGGUUUAGUUCCUUACAAGUGUGUCGUUGGUAAUAAAUGUUCUGUGUUGCAGUUUCGUCUCUUCAUUUCAAACAUGAUUCAUGAGCGUUCUGACCUGCUGAGUUAUAAGCAGAUCAAACAAUGACUGAGGUGUAACUGGAUUUAAACAAGUGCUGAUGCAGAAAAGCUCUGCUGAGGUUAUAAAAUCUACUAAAUUGAUCCUAGAUACAAAGAUGGCAGUGAAGGUAAACUUGUU